AGAUUCCAUAGAAAGCAUUGAAUCUGUAACAUUCAAGAACUGCAAUCUGACAAAGUUCCCAACAACUUUAUUCUCAACUUUUGCUAAACUGACGAAGGUGGACCUAUCCAUGUCCCACGUGCGUCAAAUCAACGGAAAUAAAACACUAAAUGGCGCAAAAAAUCUGAAGAUUCUGGAUUUAUCACGAAACAGCCUUGAAGAAAUUGAAGAUUUUGUGUUCAGUGAAGGAAAAGAGUUAGUGAAGCUGCACUUGUCACGAAAUAAAAUAAUUUCUGUGGGGCUUAAUGCCUUUACUGGGCUAGAAAAGCUUGAACUCCUCGACUUAUCGUUUAACACUAUUAAAAUUCUGCAAGGAGAAAUAUUCUCAGGAUUCACGAAACUCAAAUUUAUCUAUGUGAAUAACAAUGCUAUUCAGUCCAUGAAGAUAAAUUUGAAUAAAUGCAGUAAUCUCUUGGAGUUUGAUGGCAGUUACAACAACAUUAUUGAGUGGAAUCUCUUGCUAUCUUCUCCUAAGGAAUCUAAUGUUAUCGUCAAACUUUCUAAUGCCAAUUUAAAAAAUUCUUUAACAAGUGCUAGUAAUAAGGAUGAGCUCAUAGUUGAUGGAAAUUCGCUGGAUUACGUCAAUAUCAAAGGAAAGUUGAGAAGACUUAGUGCAAAGAACAAUAAGAUCCGGUAUAUUGAAAUCAAGCCCGAUAUUGCCAUUACAACAUUAGAACUUGCUGGAAAUAUGAUAACAAAUAUAGAGAAUAUUACUAAAAUUUGGAUGUUGGAAAAAUUGGAUCUGUCUGAAAAUCCCCUCUCGCAGCUGAACGUUUCCACAUUUAGUCUCUUGGAUGAUCUUCGAACACUAAAUCUACGUUCAACAGGAAUCAGUGUGGAUCAAAAUUACUUUACAGCUCAGAAGAAAUUAACUUUCUUGGAUAUUUCAGCAAAUGGAUUAACUUCUCUCAAUCUCAAGAACUUAAAAUCACUCACAAGUCUUCAGACACUUUACCUACAUGAGAAUAAACUGAUAGAAUUGGAGAACAUUGAGGAUAUAAAGAAGAUCUUGCCAAGUUUAACUACAAUUUCUCUUGCAAAAAAUCGCUUUAGUUGCUCUUAUAUUUCUAAAAUAUUGACUAUUUUGAAUAAUCUGAAUAUAAGCGUUCAGGUGAGCACAAAGGAUCUCGCAACGAUUAAUACAAACGUUCUGGGAAUUGACUGCAUUCUAUUGAACAACGAUGAUAAAGGAAAUUCUUCAGAUCUCGAAGAAAUGAUCAUCCUGCAGAAAAACGCAAAGGAUUUAGCAAAUCGUUGCUUUGAAAAUGUUAAUAUUCAGUUAACUGAGAACAUUCAGAAUUUAACGCAGAUCCUGAAUGAUGGAUAUUUUGCAUUUAAGGAUCUCUUGAAUAUGUCAACCAAUUUAAAAGAUGAAGAUGUAAUAACGAACGAUAACAUCCCUGAAAUGAAUUAUACGAAAAUUUUAAGUGAGGAAAUCUUUAAACGCAUAGACAAUCUUCCUGAUCAAUUUAACAUGAUUUUAAAGAAUUAUUCGAUGCAAAGCUCUGUCGAUAACAUGGACUUCACCUUCUGGGAAUAUUUUGCUCUUUAUGCAUUCCUUUGUGCUAUGUUGCAAUGUUUAUGCUUCGGAUUAUUCUGCAUCUACAAGAGAUAUAAAAGUAAAUCAACUUAUUUUUUCAGUGUCUAAUCAUGCAGUUCA